AGGCGCCCCGCCUCCUACAGCACCAUGCGUUACUUAGAUGCUUUCGUAUCGUAUCUUUCCUCCACAUCUGUUCUCGUCACAAGAUAUCCGGAUGAUUGUAAAUGCACUCCUGAUGCUACUUGUUGGCCUUCACCGAUAGAAUGGUCUGCUCUCAACACGACUCUCAAUGGCCAUUUGAUUCAGGCUGUACCCCCUGGCUCCGUCUGCUACCCAUCCCAGCCAAAUUAUAACGAAGCUCAAUGCGAAGCCGUUCGCUCGCAAUGGUUCAACUCCACAUGGCAUGCCGAGAAUCCUAUCAGUAUCGACUAUCCCAUCUGGGCUAACAACUCGUGCAAUCCAAUUUACCCAAAUGGUACCAGCUUGACCGGAGAUGUACAUGCUGGAAAGAAAGGUUGCUCUAUUGGAAAUUAUCCUGUGUACGUCGUAAAUGCUACGAGGGCUGAGUAUGUGAGCAAAGCCUUCAAAUGGGCAGAAGUGAAGAAUGUGAGGGUUGUAGUGAAGAGCACAGGACAUUCGUUCCCGGGAAGAAGCACUGGCUACGGCAGUUUAUCUAUUUGGACCCAUAACUUCCGUGGCAUCGAAUACUUUGAGUCCUUCAAACCAACAUCUUGCCCCGUCAACGGCACUCUAAUGGCUGCUCGCAUCGCUGCCGGCCAAACAGGAGUCGAAGUCCAAGCUGAAAUGGCCAAACACAGGGCCAUCGUUGUUACGGGCGCAAAUCCAGACGUUGGUGUUGUUGGCUGGCUAACCGGUGGUGGUCAUGGCAUGCUCUCCACUACAUACGGGAUGGGCGCAGACAAUCUCCUUGAAGUCACCAUCGUGACACCAGACGGGAGAAUACUUGUAGCCAAUCCCUGUCAAAAUCCGGAAAUCUUCUUCGCUAUUCGUGGCGGUGGUGGUGGAACAUUUGGUGUCGUGCUUGAAGUCGUCGUGAGAGCGUACCCAACGCCAAAGACUACAGUAAAUACCCUUUAUGUCGGAUCACUCAACCCAAAUAUCACAACCGAGUACUGGGACAUGAUUGGAUUCAUCCACGCUGAGAUGCCAAAGCUUAAGGAGGGAGGAAUGCAAGGGUACUAUUUCAUCGUUGGACCGCCUUCUGUCCCUACACUCUCGUUCAUAUGGGUCUUCUAUCUUUACGAUAAACCGGUUGGCACAGUGGAGAAAUUGAUUUCCCCGAUUGACAAGUAUCUCAAAGAGAGGCCUGCAAUAUUUGCAUACCAAUCAAACAUUACAACAACGCCGACAUACUGGGAUUCCUGGAGCACAGCAUUCUCGGACGAAGACGUAGCGACUGGGGGUGCGGCAUUCGGCUCACGACUAUUGAGUCCGAAAUCGCUAUCGAAUCCCAGCAUCACAGCGAGGGUAUUCGCGCAAAUCGGACCCAGUGUCGACCUUAAGAAGCCUAAUGGUGUGUUCGCCAGCCCUAUCCUGCUUGGCCAUAUGAUUGCAUCGCCUAAGCCCCCUGAUUACUACCCGGAGGUCAUCUCCAUGCAUCCCGCAUGGCGCAACACGCUCGUGCAUCUCAUCGCCGUCGAAGGCUGGCUUGAUGGAAUCGCGCAGUCUCGAAUCAAGGCUGUCUACGACGAUAUUACGUACAAUAAGACCGAGCCAUUGCGCAAACUAUCCCCGGAUACAGGUGCGUAUUUCAACGAAUGCGAUGCCUUUGAACCAGAGUGGCAGCAAGCGUUUUUUGGUGAUAAUUAUGCGAGGUUGAGAAAGAUCAAAGGGAAAUAUGAUCCGAAUGGGAUUCUUUGGUGUCGACGCUGUGUAGGAAGUGAAGAUUGGAUUGAGCAGAGAAAUGGAAGAUUAUGUCGUGCGGGCCAUAAUUAUCAGCGCAGAGAUGCUAAUACGGAGGUUGAUGGAACGGCGGGAACUUAGCAGAAGAGGAAUCUCUUGGGUGACCUCGGAUCUAACUAAUGUCAGAGAAGAUGGGUAUGACGGUCAGAUCGCCUACUAGCCAGCUAGC